AUGCGGGGUAUACCUAUUGUGGAUCUUGUGCUGCCCACGCUUACAAACAAGUGGAUCCUAAUAUUACCCGAAAAAUUUUCAUUCUUGGGCCUUCCCACCACGUGCCCCUUUCCCGAUGUGCACUUUCCAGUGUGGACAUUUAUAGAACACCUCUGUAUGAUCUCCGAAUUGACCAAAAGAUUUAUGGAGAAUUGUGGAAGACUGGAAUGUUUGAGCGUAUGUCCCUACAGACAGAUGAAGAUGAACACAGUAUUGAAAUGCAUUUGCCUUACACUGCUAAAGCCAUGGAAAGGUCAGAGGUUCCGUUACAGUUACUAUGAUGAAUCCCAAGGAGAAAUUUAUAGAUCCAUUGAGCACCUAGAUAAAAUGGGUAUGAGCAUUAUAGAGCAGCUAGAUCCUGUAUCUUUUAGCAAUUACUUGAAGAAAUACCAUAAUACAAUAUGUGGAAGACAUCCUAUUGGCGUAUUAUUAAACGCUAUCAAUGAGCUCCAGAAGAAUGGGAUGAAUAUGAGCUUUUCAUUUUUGAAUUAUGCUCAGUCAAGCCAGUGUCGAAACUGGCAAGACAGCUCAGUGAGUUAUGCAGCUGGAGCACUUAUGGUCCACUGAACCACUGAAUGCUCAGGGAUGGCACCUGCACACACUCUGUAUACGGGGUCCCAGCCUAGCCCUUACAAAGAUACGGUCCCUGGUCUUUGGGUAUACUGAAACCUCAAACUAAUAGAACUCUUCUUUUCUAGUAGGUGUAGUCCUUCCUUAGUUUCAACUCAUUUAAAAAUGCUUUCUUGUUUAGGACAGUGGAAGGAAGGCUGGUAUCAAAACAUUUUGUGAUUUAUUUUUUUUUUCUUUGGGGGGGGGGGAAGAUAAUGGCUAUGAAGACAUGGUGGCAGACAGUCCUUACAAAAUACAUGUAAAGCAUUUACCGUAUCCUAAAUUUGCACUCUUUGCAGACCUGUGCACAUAUACUCAGCUUUCAGACUAGUUUUGCAAGUUGUAAACAGAAAAGGAGUGGAAGCUCUUGAAUGAAAGAGAAAAAAAAAAAAAGGAAAACAAUGCAUUUAUAAAUGAUCCUGUAUUAGAAUAUAAUAAAACUCCAGUAUAGUCAGUUACUACCCGUGAUGUACAACAGAUAUCUUCUAUUUUAGUUGCUAAUAAAGGGCUACACAAACCAAAA